AUGAACGAAUUCUGUGCUAACGAACAUCAAGCUUUGCAUUUUUUUUUUACUCCUGCAAACCUUUAUAAAACAACGAGAUAUUUCAGAAAUCUAUCACUCCAGCAUCCUGCUUUUAACCUCAAGAUGCUGGCCAAAGAAGUGAAUAACCAUAUAGAGGAAUUGCAACUGCAGAAUGCUGCUUCUGCUGCUGAACUGUCAAUGCAUUCUUCCCCCACAGUGACACCUGCAGUGAGCAGCAACCGUCGCAAACCUUCUGCAUGCAAUAUCUGUGGUAAAGUAUUCAGUCGCUAUGAUAAUUUGGAGCGUCACCGUCGCACUCACCAGGUUGUGAAGGAAACAGUUCCAGCCUUUGUCAGGCAUCAGGAUCACAUCAUAUUUCACCAAGUCUUCCUGGAACUGGUCUUUUCAACUGUGACGUCUGCUGGAAAGCCUUUUCUCAGACUCCACAUGGAAAUAUCCACAAGCGUAUACAUGCAGCUGUGUUGCCUUACCAGUGCCAAAUAUGUGGCAAGUCUUUCUCGAGACGAGAUAACCUAA